AUGGGUAUUUUCUUGGUUUUUUUCCCUGAAGAACAACACUUCAAUUCUUCAACACCUUCAUCAACAACAUCAUCACUAUCACCAUUUAAAUCUCCUAAAAUUAACGCCUUUCUCAAACGCACGAAUUCCAGUCAUAUCUUCACCAGAGCUCAAUCCACCAUCUCCGUUUGUGCUCUGUUAAUCUUCCUCACUUUCCUUCUCUUCACUCUCUCAUCUUUUGAGCCCAACAACGAUUUCAUCUCCUCUCAUAAUCUUCAUCAAUAUCGCCGGUAUCUCUCUCAGAAUCACCCCAAGUUUCACACGAAACGAAUAUGGAACCCACCGGCGUUACAAGGGCUAGGUACUCUGUAUACACGAGGCACGAUGGCCAUGAAUGAGCUCGUAAUCUGUCACGUUUCUGACUCCGUAACGAAGAAAGAACUAAAAUUGUUCUUACGAAGCUACCACAGGUCUGGUUUAGCUUCAAAAUCGGACCUUUUGUUUGUAUUCAAUUCCAUUUCGACGAUAGAUUCUUUCGAUGAUGUAAUUCGGGACGAGAAUGAUUUGUUCCUGAAACUGGUUCACCGGUACAAAUCAGAAUUGGGAAAUGGGAGUAAAGCUGUCGACUUUCCGGCGAGUUUCGACGUGACCCGGUUUGUGAAAUCCGGCAACGAGGCAGAUAAAGGAGAAUCCAUCUGGGGUCGGAAAAUUAAGAGUAAUAAUUCGAGUUUCAGCAAUGGUGAUAAUGGAACCGAGUUGACUCGGAUGUGUUAUGGAUCGGUUGUGGGUUUUGGCAUUGGCGAGCUUGACCCUGAAAACUCGUUAUCCGGGUUUUUAGACCACGUUCCGAUGAAUCUGAGAAGAUGGGCUUCUUACCCGAUGAUUUUGGGUCGGGUUCGCCGGAAAUUCAAGCACAUAAUGCUCGUCGACGUUAAGGAGCUUUUACUACUCGGAGACCCACUCGCCCGGGUCAAAAACCAUACUCCCGAGUCGAUUUUCCUCUCAUCAACGCCAACACCAAAACACAGCCGGAAAAACAACAAACCCCACCGGAAAACCAUAAAUCCGGCGUUGAUAAUAGGCGGAGAACGCGGUGUCCGACGGUUAUCCGCCGCAAUACUGACGGAGAUCGUCCGAUCAACAACGCGUCAGCGCCACAACAAGAAGAAUUCAAUCACGGAAUCGACGCUUUUGAGUCAACUCGCCGCAAACGAGUUCUUGCAGAAAAGCAUACAUUUUGUGUCAUCACCCGAGUCAAUAUCGGAGCCGAGUUCACUCAGUGGAGUGGCAUUAGCAAAUAUGACAGUGGUGCGGCGUGGAAAUAGCAAUUUAGAUAUUGGAGCAGUUAUUACGAAGCAUAUCUGUUCAUUUUCAAUAGAUUCCUCGGUGUACAAGGAUUGUUGA